AGAAUCGGUAUAUGAUCUUCUCCCGAAAGAGCUGCAGCUGCCAUCUUCUAGAGAGCAGAACGCAGCAGCCAUGAGUCAAAAAAGCGGUGGAGAGACAGGAAGUCCGCCGUCGACGGCUCUCGCCGCAGGUGGUUUGAGGGGCGGGUGUGGUGACGUCAGAGGAAAGUUGUUUCGGAGGUGGAGCAAGCUUUUGAUUUAAAAAAAAAAAAAACCCAGACAACUAACAUUUCUGUUUUUGGAGUAGCAUGCACCGAAUACAAUAUCACCAGAAAAUAGAGAGCAGUUUUAAUGGUAAAAAUUAAAAUAAUACUCUACUAUUUAAUCAGGAAACCAUAUCUAAUUGCAUUAUGAUUGGCUGUGUGUGGUCUAAACAUAAUCUUCGUUCAUUUGUGAAUGUUGGGCCUUGCUGAAAAAAAAAAUAUAAGGAAAACUAUAAUUUUAUGUGGGGGAAAAACUACUUUUAUUGGGGCAUCAGAGUAAAUAUGUUUGGCAAAUAUAUAUUUUAUUUCAAAUAAAAAUAUUUUUUUAUACUUUGUAUUUAACGUACAAUAAUAAUAAUUAUAAUAAUAAUAAACAAAUAAUUACGCAAGUAUGAAAUUCCAUUCAGCCCUCUGACAUUGAUCUAGCUUUGCGAAUGAACAUAAUUGGCUCAGCGCCUUAAUUUUUCUCAGAAAAGACAAACGCCAAACGAACAAACAAGAAAACCCAGGAAUUAAUUUAAACAAACAAACAACCAUGCAUGCAUAAAUAAAGAAAGAAAUCUCUUUGGUAUAAAAUCUGCUACAGUAGGAAUUUUUGAUUACUUUCUUUUAUUUUAUUUUUUGGUAUAAAAUUCCCAUCCGCGUUAACAUACACAAAAUGUAUUCUCAUGCAAAACACAUUCAUGUAUAAUGCAUGUAUAAUUAUUGCAGUUUCUCCUGACUUGCAUUGAACACUGUGGAAAGACUCUGUCCACAUGCAAACACUCCUCAGAACUUUUAUUUUGAGUUCCUAUUUGUACAUUCAAAAUGCAAUUCACUUUAGUUUCUUUUACUCUGCCCCUUUAUCAAAGUGCCCAGGUUUAGGGUGAGUUUCUGUUGCCUUUGGACAUCUGUACCUAACUGCAGCCAAAUGCAUCCCUCUGACGAGGCAGGACAUGCUGGCUGCAGCUGAAGGAAGGUGACGUAUUUUCCAGCUUAAAUGAAUUUCAUUGUGGGAUUUUUAGGCUUCACUGCAAAUUGGACUUGCUUAUUCUGGCUAUUUUCUCUUCCAGUUUAAUUCAUAUUUUGUUUGCGUAUAAAUGUAUUGUUUAUUUGUGAAAUGUUCUCAGCAAUUAAAGAAGUGAUCUGGUGUUUUCUAUUUGUUUGCUUGUUGUUUUGUUUGGCUUGUUUAUUUAUUUUGUGGUGAUCAUUUUUUUGUAUGGUUUUUAUUUAUUGAUUAAUUUAUUUUUUUUUUGCAUCUAAGUUUUGUUUUGCGAGGGACGACUCUUUUGCCUCAUCCAUUACCCUUCAAAUAUUAUCUUCCCACCGUCGAGUGUGAAUAUUUCGGGUCGUCUUGUAUCUAACCCCAGCCCCUAACCGUUAUUAUCUUCUCUUUUACACAGAAUAAUAGUAAAACAAACACGCAAGGUAUUGUUUCUUUCUCAAAAUAACUUUUCUUGUGGUUUUCGUGCUGAAUGGGCCAGUAAAUUAUUUAAAAUUUUAAUACGUUUUUAAUUUAGUUUGCCCGUGUGUUUCGACGAAACACAUUCAAGAUGUUUAUCUGUUCAAUGAAAUUUAUAUUUUGAGAUUCAACAUAUCAAUGACCUAGAUUAUACACUAAUGGUCAAAAGUUUGAAAUAAUUAUGUUUUUGAAAAUAAGCUCAAAACUAUCAAAAAUACAAUAAAGAGUAAUGUUACAACAACAAGCAAACUAUUUAAAUCAGUUGUGCUGAAUACUGUUUUAAUGGAAACAGUGAUACUUUUUUCAGGUUUCUUUGUUGAUUAGAAAGUAGUAAAAAAAUAAUCUUUAAAAAUUAUGAAUUUUCCUUCACACUUUAUAUCAACUACUAUGUAAGUACAAUGUACUUAUUAUGUUCAUAUUGAAUUGCGAUACGCUUUUGCUGCUGUUGAGGUGGGAUGUGGGUAAGGUUAGUGACAGGUUUGGUGGUAUGGGUAGGUUUAAGGGUAGGUUAAUGUGUAAGGGAUGGGUCGACAGUGCAAUUACUGAAACUAAUUACAGAAGUAACUACAUAUUAUACACGUAAGUACAAUGUAAAAACAUGCAUGUACACAACAAGUGCAUUGUACCAAAUAAUCAAUUUAAGUAGUAAGUAGUUAUUGUAAUGAAGGCCACCUAUUAAGUGGGACCUAAAUUGUAAUAAUAUUAGAGGUUUUACUGUAUUUUUGAGAUGCAGCCUUGGCCAGCAUAAGAGACUCUUUAAAUAUCAGUACUCCACUUAUUAAUUACCUAUGAAUUAUUCCAUACUUUUGACCAGUAGGGCACACUUAUGCUUCUCUAUUCAGAUUAGUUGUGCUCUACCGCAGCCUGCCUCCUAAACUCAAACUAAUCUCUCAGUCUGCCGUGGGACCCUCUGAUGUGACCAUGGCUCUCUAUUAUUGAGUCAGGAUGACUUUCAUGAUUCUGUUACUAUUAUUUUAAAACCUUUCUCCCCGUCUAAUUGAAUAUAAAUGUUUAUUUUUCUUCUGAGAUGAAAUCAACUGCAGGAAUUCUGCCGCCUAAAUCAAUAAAAGUCUAAUUCUCUCACUGCUCCCCUGCAGGAAUGUGUGUCCUCCAUCGGUGAAUUCAGAUUACAUUUUAGUUUGGCCCCUCGGGGCCCCUGUUGGCUUGUGUUACAGUUUCUAUCAAUAGUGAAAGCUCUGAGGGCUCACUAUAACACAACACACUCAGGUUGCUGUGUUAAGUUGUCCAUUUGAAGAGAAAAGAGUACAGUGCAGUCAAAAACAUGCAGGCCAGACUAAUGCAUCAGUCUUGUAACCCUGACACAGAUUGUCCAAAAAUAAAUAUGCUGUCUGUUAUCUAACUCUGGUUUAUCAUCUAACGGAUAUUAAUCUUUCGAUGCUGUUGAGAUUGUCUAAAUGUUCCCAAAUUCCUAUCAGAGUUGAAAUUUCAGACCCACAAGUUGAUUUGCAACCACUUUGAGCCACCUUAAAGGAACAGUUCACCCAAAAAUGAAUAAACAGGUUGAGUUUAAGUCAAUGGAGCCUGAUUGCAAACUUUUCAAAAUAUCUUCCUUUGUGUUCGGCAGCACAAAGAAAUUCAAACAGGCUUCGCACUACUAGAGGAUGAGUAAAUUAUGACAGAAUUUUCAUUUUUGGGUGAACUAUUCCUUUAAAGAGGCACAAAAGACAGACGCUGCGUGUUUCAGUGUCUGUAUUGUUGCACGCAUGCCAAGAGGUUGCAACAUAAUACGUAAUGAAAAGCGCUUUGUAGUUCUCCGCCAGAACAGGGUUUCAAUUAAUUUCAUUAACAAUUCUGUACAAACACAGGAGCAGAUGACUCAAAUGUCACUGUAUCAGAUGUCAAACUGGCAAUAAAGAUGGAAAAAUAAUCAGUUUAAAUCAAAUCUUUAGAUGCGUAUGACUCUUAUCUCCAGAUACAUAAUAUAAUAUAUAAAAUAUAUAAAUAUAUAUAAAUACAUAAAAAAAUGCCUUUGACUCAGAAUCAAUUGGUUGAGACUCAUACAGUUGAUUUGGUUCAGCUGGACAGGAAGAACGAUUUCAGUUUAUUGAAUGGACAAUGGUUUGUGGUUAAUAUUAGUGUCACACGUCAGACAAUAUUUCGCACAUAGAAAGAUUUCUUCCUGAUUUAAUUAUGCACGGCUUGACCACACUUCCUGUGCACGCAGGUGUCCUCAUGUUUAUCAUGCCACAUUCAUGCAGCAGUCUGAUCAAUCCCAUUAAAAUAAUUCAUUUAAACUGUUUGUGUUGUGAGACGUAACGACAAAUCUUAUAAAUGAGGAUACGCAAGAGGCAUAAACAGUAUAAAUAAAGCUUAUCAGUCCAUGUUUUGGGACAAAUGCUGGAUGCAAAUCGUUCAUUCUGAUUAGUGUUAACCAGGUUUGUUAUACUUUUGCUGUAGAAUUCUUGUUGUCUCAAUUAACUCUGUUUAGACAUCUGUAUAAAAUCCGAACUGUUGUUAAUGCAUCCUCUAUGGGAAAACCAUUACACUAUACUGUUUUAAAGCUUCACAUUAAUGAAAAAGAAGUAAGUGUUACUGUUGUAAAACCCAUUGGUUAUGAAACCAUUUCAGCUGUAAGGCAGAUCUGCUGAAGAUAAUAGGGUAACGCUUUAUUUUAGGCUCUCGAAACUAGUUGCUUGUUAGCAUGCAUAUUACUAGAAUAUUAGCCAUUUAUUAGAAGUAAUUAAGCGCAUAUUAAUGCCUUAAUGUACAUAGCUUUAUAAUACAUCAUUAAUCCUAACCAAUACCUACACUUAACAACUACCUUACUAACUAUUAAUAAGGAAUUUGAGGAAAAAGUCAUAGUUAAUAGUGGAGUGUUCCCCAUUCUAAAGUGUUAGCGAUAAUGGUGUGAAAUUACAAUAGAGUUAAAUUACAUGAAACGAUUAGUAGUUCUAAUAAAGAUAAUGAAGUCAUUAUGCAGUUCAAUUCAUUUUCAGUGUGUUUCCCAUUCAAUAGUGCAGUUAAAUUGGUAAUAUUAGUGAGGAUUUGUUGUCUUUUAAUCUGAUUAUUGUCAGUCUUCACUGUAUUUGUGAUGUAUAUGUAUUAAAUUCUAAUGUGUUCCACCUGCACAAGGACUAACUAUGCUGUACUUCUAUGAAAAAUGUUUUUAAUUGUUUUGUUUCGUGCCCAUUUGACUGCCAUAUGUUUGACUGUGCCAUUUGUUCAGAAUAUUCUUUAAAUGCUUUUUUUUAAUAUUUCCUUUUUAAGCAGUGUUCUUCACAUUUUAACAUUUUAUUUUUAAAGAAAUCCCCUUGUAAGCACAUGAUCGAUAAACAUCCUAAUUUAAAGGACGCAGCGAUGGAGUUCUCCUAAAUUUCUUUCAAAAUGUUUUCAUUCAUGAUCCUUUCUCAAGAACUUGCGAAACAGUGUUAGUAUAAUGCUGGUUGUUGCAACAGGGCAUUAUUCCCACAUAUUUGAACAUUUGGAAUGGGAAGACUGGACUGGGGAGGACUAGCAUGCGGCCAGAUUAGCCCAGGCUACAGUCUUCCAAAUGUAAACACUAUCAUCAGACUGGUUAUUAUGUUUUUUAUGUAAUGUUCUUCCACAGCCAUUGUGGUUAAACAUUGUUUUAGAGACAUAAACGACCCACAAAUGAACAUUUUAUGGAUAUGACUACAAUGCAGAGCACAUUCUGAGAUAGCAACGUACAGAAUUUGAGUGUUUUAUAAGGCCAUUUAAAGUACGUCAUUUAUAUUGUAUUGGUUCAUAGGGUUUUUUUUUCCAAACAAAGGAGACAAGCUUCACAGGUAGAUAUGCAUGUUACGUUUUGUAUUAUUCUCUUAGAGCUGCUCAGACCAACGGUUCUCAAUUUCAGUCCUUGUGUACCUUUGCUCUGCAAUUUUUGUACACCGUUUAAAAAAAAAAAAUCUGGCAGCUGAGGUUGCAGGAAUUCUACCGUAUAAAAUACGGUAACAACGUUUUUGGUAUUUCGGAUUGAAGUUAAAUUUACAGUUAAAUACCAUAAUUUCAUAUAACUGAUAUGAAUUUAAUAUACUAACCUCGUACUGAAAUCUGUUUUGUACACUGAUAACCACCAAAUGCAGGAGGGUAGGAGAAAGUCACAUGAUGAACCAGAGCCCAUCACAAGCAGCUUUUAAAUAUGUAGGUGCUCAGUGUCAUAAACACCAUCAUGAGAUUCAUUGAAUUGAAAUAUGCAAUAAACAUUAAUUUAACAACAUUCAGUGUAACAGACAGCCCUAAUAAACAUAACUGAUAAGAAAAACUUAGCAGAAACAUAAUGAUUUUAAAGAAAAACACCAAAUUCGAGUAAAUCUUGAAAUUUUGGAGAUGUCAGUUUUACAGUAAUUUACUGUUAACCAUUUAACAGGUUUUUACUGUAGCCGUUUUUUUCUGUUAAAAUCGCGGCCAUUUUUACAGUGUAUGUUUUUCUUGUCGCUUCAAACGUUUGUUCUAUUCAAGCGUAAGUGCCCUGCAAAGUGGACAACAGAAUAUUCCAUUUGUUCCAUUUAAAGGACAUUGAAGUGUGUGAGACGUGACUUUAAGUUGUAUUUUUUUACAGAUGUAUAUGUCACACUCAUCCGUGUGUGAAGAGGUUGCGUAGCUCAAAUCCGGGAAUGAACGUGCCGAAGGGAAGUAGGGAGCAGGGAGCAAUGAACACCGUGUAGGGACCAUGUUGCUCGGAACACAGUUAUGCACAGAGCUCACUUCUAACAAGCUCAUUACCAAAAUCAGGUAUGUUAACUAAGAGAGACAAAAUAUGCAGAGCAGCGGAACGUGAGGACUGGAAUUGAGAACGCUGGCUUAGGGGAUGGUUUUUGACAAUUUUGUGGCCAUGGUCUGCCGUACAGACUUUUCACAGAAUUUAUAAUAAUAUAUCACAAAAUAUUUUCAACCCUUUGUUGCUUCAGAAAGACACUAUUGUGUGGAUCUUACUUAUGAUUACCUUUUUCCCACUAUUCCUACAAAAUACCAAUCCAAUUAUUAUCUUCAGAGUAUGAUAAACCCAAUUCUUUUUUACUUUUUUGUAUUUAACCCAUCUUGUUAAGCCUCUGCCAGAGUUUGACAGUGUGGUUUAGUGGUUAAAGAUCUAGAUUGCUGAAAUGUUGGUUGGUACCACCCAUGAUGCAACUAAUCCCAGUUUUGCAAUGUACAUCAGAUCCUUUUGUUGCUUGCCCUCAAAGCACUUUCAUUUCAUUCAUUUCAUCAUCUUGCAGUACAUCAGUUAAAUGUUAGAGAAAUAAUGUGACUGCAUAGGUAAGAGUUAUUUCACCUACAAAUUAAAAGUGGAUAUUCGUCAUUCAUCAUUUAUGAAACACAAAUAAGGGCACUUAUUACUAAAAUUCUCUAAUUUUGAGUCAAUCUUGAGUCAAGAAGAUUAAUCUUCAAAGUCUUUAAAAAAAGACGUGAUCACUUUAAGCUUUGAUUGACUUCAUUUAUCAGAGCACUUUCACAAAGCCCAUUGAAUAUUGUAAAGUGAAGCUAAACAUGCUUGCUUAACAAAAAAAAGUUAUUUCUAGAAUUCUAAAUUAAAUCUGUUCAUUAUAUAAAGUGCUCAAGGAGAAGAUUUAAUAUUGCGUUACCCCAUAAAAAAGUAGUUUUUUAUGGAAAAUAAUACAUUACUUGCAUGUUACUUUUUGUCAAUGAACAUGAAUAAAAAGUGGUGCAAAAGUUGUCACUGGGGCCUUUUAGGUACCUUGUGUACAUAUUUGAACCUAAUAGAUAUAAAAAUUUACUUUUUGAAAAGGUACCACUCCAGUGACAGCUUUUGCAUAGGCUUUUAAGAUAAAACUUCUUGAAGAUAAAACUUGAGUAUAUACACAUUUAAACAAAACAAACAAAAUGAUUGAAUAGGUCUUAUGCCACGGACAGGAGUCAUGUACUUCUUUAAAACUACUGUAUAUGAAUGCUUUGCCUCAUCUAUUUGUUUAAAUGAGGCGUGGAUGUUGCGUAGCUUCAUUUUCAAGGCAAAUUAUUACAGAAUCCUAUCAGAUGCACUAAAAACAAAGAAGUACAAAUGAACAAAGCCUUCUUGAUUUUAAUAUUUUUCAAUGGUCAGCUUUUAUUACUCAUUGGUUGUCUUAUUUUCCUUCCAGGAAUUUCUCUCUGAAGCAGGGAGUGUCUGCAUACAAAAUGCUCUGCAGUUUUCUGCUCCAUAGAUGCCUCGUCUGCCUCUUCUGCUAUGAGCAUGGGAAGUCCUCGCAGUGCUUUUCCCACCUCUUCCACCUCAGCUUCAGAGCGGAUCGCAGCGCAUGAAAGCAGCGCGCCGGGAGACGUUAGCGGUCGAAGAAAAGCAGAGGUUCUGGCUGCAGAAAACAAGCUUUCCGGGCGAGAAAAAGGUGGGCAGCAGCAACACCAGAUGACGCCCUCCAAACGGCCUGUCCUGAACAUCUCUCCUCCACCCGAGGACCUGUUCGAUGACAGCCACAUGUCCUGCCAGGAUGAGCUGCUUCUCGAGUCGGAGCAGAGCAACAGCAUCUGGAUGGAAAACUCUGUGUCCAACUUCAGUAUUGUGAGCUCCAGCUCCUACAACGACAACACUGAAGUUCCCCGCAAGGCCCGGAAGUGCACACCACGACAGAAGCCCGGGCCAAAGCCGGUCCCCGCUGAAGAGGCCAGCAUGGAUGUCUUUGAUGCAGAUAGUGCCAAAGGUCCACACUUUGUGCUCUCGCAGCUUGGUCCAGACAGCAAGACCUGCUCCAAAGCAAGCUCCGAUGGACCACAAGCUUCUGGUCAUAAAGGUGGGAUACUGUCUUGUCAGUAUCCUCAGAAAAGUGAAGGAAAAGAGCUAAGGAUUGUGGUGCAGCCUGAGACUCAGCAUAGAGCCCGUUACCUGACUGAAGGCAGCCGUGGCUCUGUGAAAGACCGAACGCAGCAAGGUUUCCCAACUAUCAAGCUUGAGGGUGUGAAGGAGUCAGUUGUCCUGCAGAUUUUUGUGGGCAAUGAUGCUGGACGCGUAAAGCCCCACGGCUUCUACCAGGCUUGCAGAGUUACAGGCCGUAACACGACCGCCUGUAGGGAAGUGGACGUCGAAGGCACCACUGUCAUCGAAGUGCCUCUGGAUCCCAGCAGCAACAUGACUCUGGCUAUAGACUGUGUGGGGAUCCUAAAGCUCAGGAAUGCCGAUGUGGAGGCCCGUAUUGGGGUGGCUGGAUCUAAGAAGAAGAGCACCCGUGCCAGACUGGUGUUUCGAGUCAGCAUCCCACGCCCGGAUGGCUCUGUGCUCAUGUUACAGACCUCGUCGUCUCCCAUACUGUGCACCCAGCCUGCAGGAGUACCUGAGAUUCUCAAGAAGAGUUUGCACAGCUGUUCGGUGAAAGGGGGGAGUGAAGUCUUUAUUAUUGGAAAGAACUUUCUCAAAGGAACCAAGGUCAUUUUUCAGGAGAAUUCUUCAGCAGAUGAUAAAUCCUGGAAGGCAGAGGCUGACAUUGACAUGGAGUUUUUCCAUCAGAAUCACCUUAUUGUCAAAGUCCCUCCAUAUCAAAAUCCAGCUAUCACAUCUCCUGUGUCUGUUGGAAUCUAUGUUGUAACGAAUGCUGGACGUUCCCAUGAUGUUCAACCAUUUACAUACACUCCAGAGCCAGUUGUCGAUUCUUCUGUGAAAAAGGAAGUCUUGCCUCCAGUGACACCUUGUUGUUUUGAACAAAUGAAAGUAAUCGAUACUGCCUUGAUGACGCCGGUUUUGCCUCUUGUUAAACGAGAAGAGGUCACUCCAAUGGAGGUCUCCGGUAACUCCUCUGCCUUUAAGACCUCUGAAGUCAUCAAUUCAGCCCAGCAAGCCUUAGAUAUGAGUGGAGAGAUCUCCACCAAUAACUGCAAAUUUUCCAGUCCACUGGGACACCAAACAAGAGAAAAGGAUCAAUCUCAGAGCUCUGUCUUUUCCAACAAAGAACCAUUCAGCACCAUCCAGGAGCAAAGUCUUGCACCCAGUAGUUCUUUCCAUGUGCCUAAUAAAUCUCUCCUCCAGCAAGGAGUUCAGCCAUUCCUCUUGGAACACAGAGAGAGUCUUGGACAGGAGAGGACCAGCAACAGUGGCGCUUCAGUGGUAGGUCUCUCCCAGAUUGAUGACAACUCGCAGCAGCAGCUUUCGCUUCUACCUCCAGAUGAGGUGGCACAACUGGAGCAGGCGGUACGGCAGCUGCAAGCGAAGGGAUUCUGCAACAUCCAUCUCCAGAGUGAGAAUUCACUGUCGAAACAAAGACACCAUCAACUUCAUCAGCAGCAGCAGCAAAUCCAGCAACAGCAGCAGCAAAUCCAACAGCAGCAGCAGCAAAUCCAGCAACAGCAGCAGCACAUCCAGCAACAGGAGCAGCAAAUCCAGUUGCAGCAACAGCAACACCAGCAGCAGCAAGCUUUGGAGACCCUUCAACAUCAGCUCUUUCAACCCCAGGUUCAAAUCCAUUGUAGUUCAGAGCAGCAGAGCUCUUCCCAAGGUAUGGUUCAGAAUGGAAGCUCUCUCUUCCAGCAAACCCCAUCACAACAACAGCAGCAGCAACAAGCAUCCUUAUUUCAACAAGCAACUGGCUUUCUUCAGCAGCAGCCCAGUCAUCCCUCGCCUUCUCUGUUUCAUAACCCUACAUCCAUGAACGAAGCCCAAAGCCCUCAAGAGGCUCUUUUCCACACACAGAAGACCUCAACCAAUCAGGAUCAGGUCCAAGCUUCCCUUUUCCAAAGCAAUCUCACUGUUCUCAGUGGGUCCAAUAUGUCAGGAGAAGCUCAGCCCUCUGCGACCAAUAUGUUUCUUUCCCAAAAUGCUGUCAACACCGGGCAGCCACAGCAGCUGGCAUUUCUCACUUCAAUGCAGGCAUCUUCUCAUGAGGCACCAUCUGUGUUUCAGACUCCACCCCAGCUGUCCUCCAUUCAGCAAGGCACUCCGAUGGAGCAGCAGCAAACACUGCAGCGAGCCCAACCUGGCUCCAUGUUCCAGAGCAUCUCCCAAUCACCAAGCAAACUCCCCUCUGGUCAGCAGCAGCAAGCUAGUCUACUCCUCGGAUCCUUAAGUUCUCCAGUGACACAAGAGCAAACUUCUAACCUGCUAUUUGGUGGCCAGGUCCAGAUGGGAUCGAUGAACAACAGCAGCCUAGCUUCUCCAGAACAACAGAACAGUUCCCUACCCUUCUCUCAGGCCGGCAUGGUUACAGUCAGGCAGCAGGAGUCAUCUGAACCCAUGACAUUUCAAGAUCAGGCUACUAUGGUGGUCAGCCCGUCCUCAAAUAAGCCCAUCUUCCAAGACCAGCAACCAAUGCAGUUGGCACCAAGUUCUGGUACAGCCCCUUCACAGUCUGUAAACCUCUUCAUGGCUCAGACCAGCAUGCAAGGGGGUAUCUCUUCUCAAGAACCUCUUUUUGCACCACAAAAUGAUGUAACCCUUAUUCAGACCAGCACUUCCUCUCCAGUACAACAGCCUGGUCAACUCUUUCAGACCACAAUGAGUGGAAGCCUCAGCCAGCCCAGCCAGAAUCAACAGCCAGAUCUGUUCCUCUUUGAGAUUCAGAAUGAGUGCCGUCAGCUGAUGAACAGCCAAGCAUCUACUUUGUCUGACCAGAUCAUUGCCAUCAAUCAGUCUGGACAAAGUCAACAAGAGAGCGAAGGGCAAAUCCAGUCUUUACUUGGGCAGCCUAUAACAGACCCAGGAACUGUGCAGACCACCUUGACAACCUCUCAGAACAUGGAGAAGAUAGACGACCUUCUGGUGAGCCUUCAGGAGCAAGGAAAUAACAUCUCUCACUCCUACUAGGGCCUUUAAGGUGUGGCUGCCCAGUCCAUUCCAUACAUGAUUGUAGAUAUUUCUUGCACUCACAUUGGAUAGUUUGGUAUCUUGGAUAUUUGGAGAAUAUGUGAUGUUGGAGAUAUUUUGCACAGACCCCUUUAAAAAAACAGCAGGUUUCAGAGUAGGCCUUUCACUCUACAUGUUUCUGAUAGUCAAUAUGUAUUCAGAUAAAACAGUUCCACAUUAAUGGCACUAAUUGAUUUGGAUGAAGAAAUUACAAAAGCUAGAGAUCAGAAGCAGUUUGCAGUUGGGAGUUUUUAUUGAUAUUAUUGACAAUAAUUUAUUAAUUGAUAAACUGGAACGGUAUGGUAGGGGGGUGGUUCUGAAUAAGAACUUAUUCAAGAGAUUGGGGGAAUAUUCAUCGUUGUGCUUGAGCGCUGCUUGUGGCAUCCCCCAAGGGUCAGUACUGGGUUCAGAAUGUAUUUGGAGGAAGAACAGAUCUGAUUAGGUGUUCAUACAGAUUAUUUAGUUAUAGUUAAUUAUUUAGGUUCUGUUUGUAAUUUAUUAAAAAAUAACUAGGAAAGUAAAAAGAGUGUAUUAAAAUAAGGAAGAGAUUUUGGAAACAUGGAGGUAAUUAGAUGAUUAUUGAAAUUGGUUCUUAUUAUUAAUUUUGAGGGAAGGAUUAAAUUAGCUUAUGCUUCUUCCAACUCCUUUUUGGACAUGUAUAAGUUAAAAUGGUUUUGUAUUGUGUUGUGCUGUUUUUGUUUUGUUUUUUUCCUAUGUUAAUGUACAUGUUCGAAAUAAGAGUUUCCGUUCAAUUUACGCUGACACAGAAAAAGUAGAGUGGCCUGUUGAAAGAUCUGGCAAAAUCGUGAGUCGAUCAGCUUCUGUUUCGAUCUGCAGUUCUCCAGAAGGCCCUGGAGAACCUCAAUGCGAGGGCAUUUCUCUGAUAAACUUACAAAACUCAACCCAUAUGUUCCUGCUAUAAAGACUGUCAUUAGUUCCGCAGCAACCCCAUCAUAAAUAGAGGCGUUUGAGAUAUAUAUUGAAGUUCCUUGAGUACACAGUAGGAUAUUUGAGGCACCUGGAAACCUAGAGAUUCCCCGGAGGGUUUUCAGUCUGAGGAACUGAAGCGCUGCCUUGAGUAUCUCUUUAUUUUUACAGUGACGGAAAGAGAAGAUCGGGACACAUGGGAUGUCUGCAGUUAUGCCUGAACAUGUUUCGUAGACACCCCACUUUCUCAGUGAGCCUCGGAUAACUUUGUGAUAUCUAUUUUUAGCUGUUUAGCUAAACAUAUAAUCAAGAAUGCUUGAUAGAAGCAGUCUGCAGUGGGAUUUUUUUUAUUUUAUUUUCAACACUUUUUGUAAACAGUCUUUAAUACCUUUCUGUCUCAGUACACCUGAGUGUCUAUAAGCUAUUUUUCCUUUUGUAAAAAAAUAUUUCAUGCAGUGAAAUGGGAAAAAACUAAAUAUCCAAGUGAAAAAUUUCCUCCUAGCACUUUAUGUUUUCAGUGUGGUUAGUUACUCCUGACUCAUUGACAUUUCAUCAAGAUGUCUGUCUGAAACCAUGUUUACUGUAUUAAUAAUUUUCAGUCUUUCAUCUCUUUGGACUUCUAUUUUAGACUAAUUCGUAUAAUACUACACCAAUUAAAAAUGUUAAUUCCUGCUUUAAAAAAAACUGAAAAACAAAUUGCAUCUGAUAUUUAUGUUUGAUUAUGGUUUACAUGAGUAAUUUUCUUGCCAUCUCAUUUAGUUGGCGUCUGCUUUGUUUUGCAUGUCUGAGUGUCCUAUGCGUAUGUGUGGCGUACUAUUUUAUUAUAAUACCUCUAAAAGCGUGUCAUUGUUAAAUUUUAUUCUUUUACUGAUUCUAAAAUAUCGAUAGUUUAUGCUUGUAUCAUUCUGUGUCAUUGUGAUGGGUUGGGUGAUUUUUAUUUACCAGUGUCUGGUACGCUGGAACAAGGCCGAUUGUUUUUAUUGGCGAAUCAGAAGGGAGUGUCCAACCAGUAUUAUCCGCAAGUUCUCUGAAUAUACUGGCAUGCAGUAAACACAAAUGCUGAAUAUGCUGGGGAAACAACCUUUUAUCUUUUUGUAGUCAAUAUCAAUUUUCUAAUUUUAUAGCCAAUAAAUAGCCAUCGGCAUGUCGAAACCGAAGACCAUGUAAAACCUUUUGAUCUAAAUCGGCCAUUUUUGUGGCUCGGGCGGUUUGUAUAUUCGGCUAUGAAGUGAGUUUGUUUUGAAUGUAGAGAAACAUCAUGUGAGUUAUGUAUUUGAAGCUCAUGAAUGUGUUCUAGGGUCAGAUGUGAUGUAAAGCUGCCAAACUAGUUUGUGCGCUCAGAAUAUUAGGCUGACGUGAAGUCAGUUGGCAGAUCGUCUUGUUGUUAGCAUCAGGAUGAAUAUAUGCAUUAUGAGGGAGUUGUUCUCUGUAAUGUCACAGAAAUGGCUCAUUUGAGCCUGCUAUGGUAUUCAAUGUCAAAUUUUUGACCUUUUUCUUUUGCUCAGAAACUUGGGUGAUUUUUAUGCCUACUUUUUAGUAGAGGCCAUUUUAUCCUCUUCUCUGGAGAAGUUUCGCUUGAAGGGUGCUCUCAUAUAUCUGCAUGGGGAAGAACUGUGAACAGGAACUGGAAAAAGUGUUUUAUCGUGAUUUUAUUUUCAUCUCUGUACAAUAUUAAUUGUUAUUUUUUUUCCAUAAUUCUCAAUAUUUAUGUGAAUAUUUACUUUUUCACCAUACCUCUUUUUAGAAAAUAUUUAUUUUUUUUGUCUCAAGAAUUUUCACAAGUAGAAUCAAUGCCUAGAUUUCGAUUAAAAUUCAGAUAUAUAUAUAUAUAUAUAUAUUAUUAUUAUUAUUUUUUUUUUUUUUUUCAUACAGAAUGUCAACUUUUAAGGAAAAUAAUCUGCGUGUAACCUCUAUGUAUUGCAACAUCAUGUUUAGGCUGCGCAGACAUUGUUGAGAGUCAUCAUCGUAAAGCACGUGUGUAAAGGACAUCAUGGUUCUCAACUUUUUAAGGGAAUUUAAUAACUGGCAGGUCAGAACUAUAAUUCCUACGAUUUCAUCAAUCCUUUGGGAAAUACAAGCCAUAAAACAAGCGUUGCCCCUAAAAAGUCUAUUUUGUAUGAUUCUUGGGACCAAUUAUGAUUUAUUUGUAGUUCAAGUAAGAAAUCUAAGCGUCUGUUUUGGAUGAAAUAACAUUUAUAAAUCAAUAAAUGUAAAGCGUGCAAGCGCAAUGUCUGUCCUUUGGUAGUCUUUUUCCUCAAAAAUAAAAAACGUUGCAGUUCAAUAUUGCAAAUGAGGCUUUGAUAAUAUAACUGUUUCAUUUAUUUGUAAACUGAGACACAUACUUCCUACUCAUCCCGGUCACAAAGUCUAUAUUAAACAAUAUGCCUCUAAAAUCAAUACAUUUGUAUGUUAGUUGACAUUGUAAAUAUACGAUAAUUGGUAGUCGUGCCUUCUCAUCUGUACUUCUAAGCAGAUAAUUUUCUAGUAAUUGUCUAUUUUGACUGGUCAUGAAACCAACGACCCUUUAAAAUAUGUUCCAAUAAAUAUACAUAUGUAUCACUUUACAUGCGACUAGAUAGUAUGCAAUAUUAUUUUACUAUUUGUUUAAUACAAUAUACGCUUCUGCAGCAGGAAGUAUAAUACUUUAAACAGUUAAAAAAAUACAACUUUUUCAUAUUUAGUUGGACUUCCUUAAUCUUUCAACAAAGAGGAACUAAACUGUUAUGGUUCUGUUGCUUAUUAAUAUAUCAUAAUUCCUAAUGUGCCAUAAUGAUGUGCGCAUUAUAGAAUAGGUAUUAUAUCAGUCUUUCGGCAAUACACUUUUGUAUGUCAGUUUGCUAUAUUGCUGUCAGGUUUGGAAAGUCUCUGUCGGAUGUGACGAUAAAAUAUUUGAGCUACCUUUUGAAAAUUUAUUACAAAAAUCACAUGUAAGUAUUUUGCUUUUGUUGGGGCAUUUUACUCUCGCAGCUAUUUUUUUUUUCUGUAAAUGUGCUGCUAUGUAUCAAUAAAAAUAGGUUAAAGAAAAAUA